UUGUCAUUGAGUCGAAGCUCUAUUGGCAUCAUUGCUGGAAUACUGAAAACACUAAAAUCCAUUUACUGUGCUUUAUCGAAUUUCUCGUACAUCUGUAUGAAUUAGAUCUUKUAGGUAAAUACAACAUGGAUGCUSUGGCUGACUUCUUGAUGCGGCUCUACCAUCGGGCCAGAAUGAGUAUCAUGUGGCUGUUUUCCGAUUGGCGUGGCCAGGAUCGGCGCCGUCUGCAAAUGGAAUCGGAGGUAUAUACCAUUCCUUUCAACGAGUUCCGCAAUUUCGACGACGACAUGGAGUACUACAUGAAUGAUACAGACGAAGCUAUCCAGUUCGCAAAUGAUCUAGCCUUCAGAGCAGCGAACCCAGAAAAUCUAUUGCCAGCUGGCGAAGACGCCUUCGAAGACAAACUUGAAAUAAAGGAGGAAUCCAACCAACCCAACUAACCCAACUGAACGAUCUGUCACACUGUUCCAAUGUGCAGCAGACUUCAAUAAACGAACAUUUCCAU